AUGGCUCUCGAGAAUCUCCAGCCAUUGACCUACGGGAUUAUCUCUGCUGCUUUCGCGAUCGGAACUUGCUCCAUCUUCCUGCGGCUUUACUGUCGACUGCGUCAUCAGAGUUUUGGUAGGGAUGAUGCGGUGGCUAUCAUUCUCCUGUUUGUCAACGGGAUGCAGCAGAUGAUUCUGUACAUCUUUCUUCAUUAUGGAUGUGGACUGCACUCGAGUCAAUUAUCCUCGCAUCAGCAGGAACAAAUAACCAAGUGGCUGUUCGUCGAAGAAGUCUUUUACAUGUUCGUGCACUGGACCAUCAAACAAGCGUUCCUGCUCUUCUACCUCCGACUCUCCCCAGAUCGAUCAUUCCAGAUCAAAGUCUUCAGCACAAUGGUCCUCAACACCCUUUUCACGAUCACAAACUGGCUACUCGCCUUCCUACAAUGCAGACCCCUCGGCGCCAUAUUCCACCCCGCUGAGUAUGCAAACGCGCAAUGUCUGAGCACGUACGUGGUCAUGAUGGUACCAACAGGACUGAACAUCAUCACGGAUAUCAUCAUCCUCACCCUACCGAUCCCGACCGUGAUGCGGCUACAGAUGAGCAACCAACGCAAGGUCGCCGUGCUCGGGGUCAUGUGUUUCGGCGCCUUGUCCGUAGUGACGGCGUUAUGCCGCUUCGAAGUGCAGAGACAACUCAUCGCCAACCCCGACACGGCGUACGUGCUCGGCCGAAUGAUCAUCGUAGCGGCAAUUGAAAUAGAGAUUGCCGUCGUGGCAGUCAAUCUUCCCGCGUUGAAGACCCUUUUCACCAAGCUCGUGGGCAGCUCAAGCGACGACUCAACCAAUGGCGCCCACCGACUUUCCGAUUACAUCAAGCAGGGCUCGAACGCAGCAGGCCCCAAGAAAGCCGAAUCGCGCCUGUCACGCGCUAGCCUCCAGAUCCACGAGCUACUGAGUGGCAACUUGACGGGGUCAGAAGAAGAGCUCCUGAGGCAGACCGGUGGGAAGGCGAACAUCACAGUCACGACGAAUGUGGACGUCGCGUCCGAGCGAGCGAACAGUGAGUAUCUGGCAGACAUCGGCUUUCCUCCCAUCGUGAGCCAGCGUCCGAAAAGUCAUAUCGAGACAUCAUGAACAAAAUUUGACCUUCUCUGUUGAGCAAAUUAAGACAGAACAUUAAUUGUUGAACUAAAGUGUGGCUUGCCGGCUGUCAGAUCGUAGUCUACCAAAAAAGCGAGUUCUCAA